AUGCAGAGCCAGGUCGCGCAUGGGCAAAGGAGGAGGAGCUUCAGCUCUCGCCCAUUCUACACCACCGUCUUCCUCCUCAGCCUAUUCGCCGUCUACUCUCUCUUCAUCAAGGGGCCGUCGGUGCACCGCCAGGAGCAGCAAAGCCUGGUCGCGCGGUCCGGCGAGGACUGCCGCUUGGUUCACAAUGCCCACGACAAAUGCGCCUUUGUUAAGCGCAACUGUCACGAUGACGAAGCUGGUCUUCUCGAGUACCUGACCCUCUACUACUGCAACCUAGGCCAUGCCCAGCCAGUCGCAUUUAUCAUACUGGUCUCUUGGCUGGGGCUGCUGUUCACCACUAUCGGCAUUGCUGCGAGCGACUUCUUCAGCGUCAACCUGAGCACCAUCGCCACCAUCCUUGGUCUGAGCGAGAGUCUGGCUGGUGUCACCUUCCUGGCCUUCGGAAAUGGGUCACCGGAUGUCUUCAGCACCUUCGCUGCCAUGAGCUCCAACAGCGGGAGUAUGGCUGUGGGCGAGUUGAUCGGUGCUGCUGGCUUCAUCACGUCUGUCGUUGCCGGCUCCAUGGCUCUGGUGCACGAGUUCAAGGUCAGCAAGACCACCUUUGUGCGAGAUAUCUGCUUCUUCAUCGUAGCCGUGGGCUUUACCAUGGGUUUUCUAGCCGAUGGGAACAUCCACCUAUGGGAAUGCUGUGUCAUGAUUGGCUUCUACGCUUUUUACGUCAUCUUCGUCGUCGGCUGGCACGCAUUCGUCAAAAGGAGAAACGCCCGGAAGGCCAAGGAAGACGCAGCACGAGGACAUUUCUUUGCGCCUGCAGGUGAUAGGGUCAACGACGAGCUGGAACCCUACCGAGAUGACCCUGACAAUGAAGACACCACUGUUUCAGCAGGACGUGGGCCCGCCACAGUAGACAUUGGGAUGCUGGAGCGAGGGCCACGCAUUGAGAUUGGUCCCGCCGACGAGGACGAGGUUGACGAGGCGGACCGUCGUCAGCAUGUUGCUGCGGAAGUGGCUAGCAGUAUGCGAGUGACUCGCCCGCGUGGGAGAAGAAGCACCACAACCAUCACCCCCAUACGGCCCAGCCUGGUCGGUGCUCUCGAGUUCAGAGCAGUACUAUCAUCGUUGCAGAGGGAAGGCAACGUUCGUAUGAGACCAAUCACUGCUCGUAGCCAUUCUGCCGAUCGCCUUAGGCCUGGCCAGGGAGUUUUGGUUGGAGGGACCAGAAGCGCGUAUAGCGCACAAACAGUGGAAGCCCUUACCGGUCGAUCGUCUGCGUCUAGAAGUCGUGCACAAUCCUCCGGCGCCAUUCCGCCAACUUUUGAUGCCGACCUCGUGGCCCGAAGGUCGAUAGAAGACGAGAUAGGAGCUCCUAGCCCUCACACGAUCGGCGGAAAGUUGGCUCCUCCUCCGAACGAUUUCAUGGGCAGUCGCCCGACAGAGACCGAUGUUACAGGAGACAAGUCCCAGCCCUCAUCACCACUGUUGCACAGACUUAGCAUACCCAGUUCGCCUGCUACUGAGAGGCCAUCGCCGCAUCUCUCUCCCUUCCCGGGAUAUACUGACUCGCCCCUUGUUAUGACUCCAAAUGCGCAAGAGCCGCCGCAUUUCAUGCUCCCAACACCUGCUGAUGAGCGAAAUCCACAAUUCCCGAGCAUGAUUGCGCGCGCAGAUACAAGACCGGUCAAAUGGUGGCCUUAUCAGGUGCUACCAGCACCCCACGUCUUGCUGAAUACCUUGUUCCCUACACUGCAGGGGUGGCGGAACAAGAGCAUAUGGGACAAGCUGAUCAGUGUCAUUUCCGUACCGACUAUCUUUCUGCUGGUAAUCACAUUGCCGGUGGUGGAAAGCGACACCACCGACGACGAGGAGUCUGGUGACAGCAUUGUAGAGCAACCAGCAACAGGUCACCUGGGGAACACGGCAGCAGCAGUAUCCUACGAAUCGGAAGGGUCUAUUGAACCCGAGACAGAGUGGCAGCGGUAUAGACGCAGCACGAUAUCCAGAGCAUCGAGUCGCAGCCCUUCGCCGGCCCUCAUUACCUUGGACAGCCCCAAUGACACACCGCCAUAUAAUCAGGCUCACUCUGCUUCAUCGCUUCCUUCGCUGAACAUACAACCUUCUAAGCCUGUUUCGGUAUCAGACCAGGACAACUCAACGCUGCAGGAGGAAGAACAUGGGUGGAACCGCUGGCUGUUGAUUCUACAGAUCUUCGUGGGCCCGGCGUUCUGUGUGCUCGUGGUGUGGGCAAACAUGGCUGAAGAGCUGGAGCGACCUAUCAAGCAUCUUGUAAGAGCACUUUUGAUCUCCCUUGUGGGUUCUCUGGUGCUACUUGCUAUCCUACUCAUGACUACGUCGCCUACCCGUCGGCCCAAGUAUCACUUCAUGUUUUGUUUCCUGGGCUUUUGUAUUUCAAUUGCUUGGAUUUCUACUGUGGCAGGUGAGGUAGUCGGUGUGUUGAAAGCAUUUGGAGUGAUCCUGGACAUAUCGGAAGCUAUCUUGGGUCUCACCAUAUUUGCCGUGGGCAACUCGGUAGGGGACUUAGUUGCUGAUAUCACGGUGGCCAGACUUGGGUAUCCGGUAAUGGCUUUAUCUGCCUGCUUUGGCGGGCCUCUGUUGAAUAUCUUACUCGGCGUCGGCCUGGGUGGUGCCUAUCAAACGAUCCAUGCAGCCAACAAACGGAAGGCAAAGCAUCCCGAAAAGGCCUUUCGGUAUAAGCCGUACCACAUACAAGUCAGCGGGACUUUGAUGGUCUCAGCAAUAGCGUUGCUUGUGACGUUACUUGCCCUUCUCGUUGUCGUGCCGAUGAACAAAUGGGUUAUGAGCAGAAAGAUUGGCUGGGGCCUCAUUGCCCUUUGGUCGGUCAGCACCGUUCUGAAUCUCGUGAUAGAAGUCACCGGAUUCUGGCAGGAAAUCGCUUAG